UGUUGAGUCUUUGGAAUGCUAUUCCUGCCAGGGUAUGGGUAAUGGAAACUGCUCAGACGAAAACGUUGCAAAGGUCCUCUGCAGACCAGACCAGAAUGUGUGCAUCGAGACUGUCACGGCUUUGGAAACAAGUCACGACCAGUCCACGAUGCUACAGAAAGGUUGUGGAACCGGCUUACCAGGAAGAGUAGAUAAAGCCGAGUACUUCCAUGGAGUGAUAAUGUACAUAAUGUUGAUACAGUGUAACACCAGCCUCUGCAACACGGAACUGCACGCGAAGACCUAUCUUCUAUUACCCCCUGAAAAUACAGGUCGUCAGCUUAACGAAAUGGAAUGUUACAGCUGUAUUGGAAAAACUCCAGAUCAAUGUACGUCGUCCAAUGCCCCUGUCAAACAAUGCUUCCAGCCACUUCGUCACUGCUUCGAUGGCAACGUCACAGUGACACAAGGAAAUACCUCAGCUGUUAUACCCAUCAAGAGCUGCUCUGAAAGACAUACCUGUGCCAUGCGAACUCUAAAAUUUGGUUCUUCAACGUUUGAGAUUAAAGGUGCGUGCUGUAUAGGAAACAUUUGCAACAAGGACCUCUCAAACAUGACCCAGUAUGUGGAACUGCCACCUCUGGUACUGAUACCUCCUUCUAAUGAGCCACCAACUACUCCUGCCAUACCUACCUGGGGGAGACCCACGAAGGAACAACCACACGCAAAUGGAACCACUCAGACACUCAAAGAAGCUAACAUUACGGUGGGCUCAGACACUACGUCUUUAAAAGCCGCCAUUAAACAUGAAGAUGAUCAACAACCAAGCAAAGCUUCCCAAUCACAAAUCUCUCUUUGGCUUGUCUUCUUAAACUUAGUUCUGUUCAAAUUCUGAUGUUUUGUCUAGCCCAUGUACUU